CUUCAAAGCAAGAGAAGGUGGACACGGUCUUGCCAUGGGCUGCGGCAGUUCCAGCAGGGUAGAGGUGCUGCAGCCAUCAGUCAAGGAGCUGCCGAAUGGCUGGGGAGCCAAGGCCCAGGCUAAUAAUGACCCAUCUCAGAGACCAACUGGCUCCACCCUUCGAGAUGGGUCCACUGGGUCAAAAGGCACCUUAGUCAGUGGAGUAAAACUUGAAGAUGAACUCAGUGGGGGGAAUUUACCUGGGAAAGGUCCAGAAAGGUCACCUUCUCCCAGAGAAAAAAAUAUCAGGCAAAACACAGACAUCAUGUUACUCAGUGGUGGAUUUGUCAAUAAACCGAUGCACUUACAGGAACGAGAGAGGCAAAAGUCAUCAGAUAUCCUUGAGGAGCUAAUGAUGCAGGGAAUAAUCAAGAGCCAAAGUACAACUUUUAGAAAUGGAGAAGCAUAUGCCAAGAGUGAAGCCCUGGAAAAGCCAUUCAAGAAACCACCUGUUAAGCUGGAAAAGCUUAAGAUCGAAAAGAAGGAAGUGAAUGCUUUAACAAUGAAGGACAUUAAAAAUUCUGCCGAAGAAAGAAGAAAGACUAAAGAAGAGCAACUGAAAGAAAGACUUCAGAGAGGCAGACCUUUUCCAGCAAUUGCCCAUCAAAAUAUAGCUGAGCUGAAUGAGGAAGGCUAUUCAACUUCAAAAGGUCAAGAAGAUACAAACAUUGUUCAGCUUUUAUCAUUUGACCUGGAGACAGAGACUCUGCUGGAGAAGGAAGAAAUAGCUGUCGAAAUUGUAGACAGCAAUUCAGAACACUUUGGUGCUGUGGAGUCUGAUACAACUUAUAACACCAGUUUAAAUGAAGCAUUCUGACAAGGAAAAAUCUCUCUCAAACACAUUCAGUCUUUGAAAUGUAGAAGUCCUAUUCAAAACUCAUUUGUUCCAAUCAUCACCUGGAUUUUCAUCUAUGUUUAAUGAAAAAAACAAUAAGAAUUUCUCUCAUUUUGCAUUGAAGGUUGGUUGCAUUUUUCCCUCCUAAAUUUAAGAGCAUGAAUUGAAAUUUGCUGGGUUACACAGUUAUGGAGUUUGUGCAGAAGAAAAGGACUGCAAACAGGAAGUAGAAUAUUUUGCCCCAGCCCCUCAAUUUUGCUGACACUCUACAAUAAAAAUAAGACAAAUAUAAUAGGGUCUCCCCAAACCCAGUGUCAGAAUCUGCCCUGCCUCAGUUUCCCCAGUCACGUUAGAGAGUGGGCCACUUUGGUGUCCAGUGUGUCAGUGAAGCUCUCCCCGAGGUCAGUAUUUCCUUCCUUGUUCUGAAGGAUGUAUCCAUGGUUCAAAUACAAUCAUAGUUCAACAUCAGUCACAACAGGUAAACAACGUCCUGCCACUUGGCCUCAGAGUUGUUGUUCCUGCUGCCUAUGCAGCAGGCAUCCCCAGCUAGCUCUUUCACUUAGCUGGUGUGUGGCAAAUCCCCUUCCAGAUACUGUCCCUGACCCAGGGUCUCCUACAGGAGCCUCUCAAGAGCUCCCCCUCAUAGUGAGCUGCGCACUGGCCUUUCCUCUCACCAUCUAGGAAGCAGCUGAUUAGCCGCAGGUGGGGACUAAGUCCACCUCCCUAAAGGGGGCAUCCUACCCUGUGACAACAAGUUUACAACCUAAGUGUAAGUGUGACAACAAUUGAAAGUAAUAGAAAAAAAAAUGAGGAGGGAGGGGCAAGGAAGUGCUCGGGUUAAAGUAGUGACCCGGUUACUCUGUCUUGGCAUUGCACACCUUGAUGCUUCCAUUAAAAUGAUAUUUUUAAUUUAUCAAGAAGGCAUGUGGGAGAUUUCUUUGUUUAGGGAGGAUGUGAGUGAGGAGAGAGCGGAAGGUUAGCAAAUACGGAUUGGGUGGGGAUUGCAUCCCAGGGCUGAUGUCUAAUUAAAGAGAGGCAAAUUAAGGAGUAGGAGUUGUAACUAGCAGAGCUCAGGGGUCGUGGAAUUAGACAGAAGGCAAGGUCAGAGUGGGGUACAGCCCUCAUGUAAGAACAAGAAGUUUGAACCUAAUGUUCAGGGCAAUGGGGAGCCAGCAAAGGGAUUUAAGCAGAGGGAUGACAGGGUCUGAACAAAAGGAAAGGACGAUGGUUUUAGUGGCAACAUUCUACACUGACUGGAGGGAGGCAAUGUGGGUAUCAGGAAAGCACCAGCGAGAACCAGUGGGCUGGGGCUGAAGAUAAUUAGGGUACAUGAUUUAGCCAUCAGGAAAGCAGAAGGGCUAUUUUUGUGUGCUAUUGUGAGGGUUCAGGGGGACUUAUCUCUGAAUUCUGUUUGAGAUUAUGAUCUUUGUAUGUUUAAAACCCUUGUGAUGGUCUUUACUGUAUUCUUAAAUCAUACUACUUGUGGCAAGGAGUGCGGAACUGGUGCCUGGGGGUCUGCCUGUAAAUGGGCCAGUCACUAAGUACCAUCAACAACUGAGCUUUGUGGCCCAAGCAGAACAAAUGGAUGGCUGCAGCUGUAAAGAAAGAAACAGUGCCUGGGGCCUACCCAGACCUACAGGAGCUGAAAGCACAAGGAUCUAAUGCACAGAUCCAAACAUUGCAGCCUGGUGUGUCCAACAAGGGGAGCUCCACCAGGUCUAUGUCAACUAUUGUAUUAUGGAGGGAGAAAGUGCAAGAUUUGGUCAUGGACUGGAUGUGAGGGAAGGGUAGAUGAUUACCCUAGUGUCACAUGAAUAGGUUACCAAAAGGAUAAAAGUUUUCAGCAGUGGAGAACAGUAGCAAUACAGAGGCAGAAAUGCUGAUCUUUGGUUGAUAACAAGCCAUCCAAGAUGGCAACUGCAGAAAGAAUCACAAAGGUAAGACUGAACACAGAUACAAUUCCAGCGUGGAGAAAUACACUGGAGAGUCCUAGCAAAAUGACAAUGACUGAACUGAUUUCAGCAGAUGAGGUCACCCAAGUACUAUGUCUAGAGGGAGCCAAGGAUAGAGCCCUCUGGGACUCCCGAAGACAGUGCUAAAAAUCAUUGGCUAUGCUGCCAGAAGUUCUAAAGACACACACAUGAGAAAGCGCAGCACCAGUGAGGACACACAGUAACUCAACCAGGGCGGUGCAGUGUGGCUGCUCACUACCAGGCUAGGCUAACCUGGGUCCUCAGACACAGAUGCCCAAUCACCUGAAUUAAACUCUUCAGGGAAGACAUACCCUGAAGGAGCCAAGGGAGGAGGAGAGAGCCAAACAAAGUACUACCUAAAGUGACAACUAUGAAUAGUGUUAAUCUGUACUGGGAACUGUGCUGUUCAACAUAUACAUUAUGGUGAACAGUGAAGUGGCAAAGUUUACAGACAAUACAAAAUUAUUCAAGAUCGUUAAGUCCAAAGCAGACUGCGAGGCAUUACAAAGGGAUCCUACAAAACUGGGUCACUGGGCAACAAAAUGGCAAAUUAAAUUCAAUGCUGACAAGUGCAAAGUAAUGCACAUUGGAAAAAAUAAUCCAAGCUACACAUACAAAACAAAGGGGUCUAAAUUAGCUGUUGGGAUUCAAGAAAGAGAUCUUGGAGUCACCAUAAAUAGUUCUCUGAAAACUUCUGCUCAGUGGGUGCUCCUGUCACACAGUGGAUUAGCGCAAGGUACUUAUAGAGCAGUGCUGACUAGAGACCAGCUGAGGUAGUGAAUUCAAUCCUCACUUAGAACACUGGUUUUAAUUAACCAAACUGCUUCACCCACACAUUUAAAACACAAAACAAAA